UUUGGCGAUCAUUUGCCUUUAUUGGACUGCAUAUCAGAAUCACCCUGCCUUCUAAAUCUUGUAAUAACUUUUCUGCAUGCCCCGAUCAAAUGGACAGACACUCCUAGGACAUCUCUCUCGGGAGCACAAGUGACCACCCACCAGAAUCGAAAUGGAAAAUCUCGAAAGCGAAAAGACGUUGACGAGCUCGGCUGAAGCUACUCCACAGAUUCAACUGACCGAAAAGACCCAUCAAUGGGACCCCAAUCUGCGACAGGAUAAAGUGGAUGAGCUCAUUGCUGCGACGCACGAUGGUGACCCAGAAGCCGUCAAGAGGGCGCAAGCUGACUUUAUCGAGGACUCUCCUUACGAAGAAGUAAGAGCUGCUGUAAAAAACAUCGACGACGGCGAGCCCGCCAACACGAUACGAGCAUGGGUCCUCGGCUUGACUUUCGUGACACUCGCUGCAGGCGUCAACAUGUUUCUGUCAAUGCGCAGCCCUGCCAUUAAUUUUCCCGAUAUUGUAGUGCUCUUGCUGGUUUAUCCGAGCGGCAUCUUGUGGGCGAAGGUGAUGCCGACAAGAAAGUUCAACACUUUUGGGGUUUCUUGGACCUUCAAUACCGGCCCGUUCAAUAUCAAAGAGCAUUCAGUCAUAACGGUGAUGGCGGGGAUAUCUAUCUAUUACGCCUACUCGACCAACACAUUAUUGGCGUUACUCGGUAAACCGUUCUACGAUCAGUCCAUGUCAUGGGGGUUCCAACUGCUCUUCACAAUCAGUAGCCAAAUCAUUGGUAUUGCAAUGGCAGGACUAUUCCGUCGAUUCUUGGUAUACCCUGCGUCGAUGAUUUGGGGUAUCAAGUUCUCAAACGCCGCUUUGUUAUAUGCGCUUCACGACCGCAGUCCGGACGCGCUGUUUGCCAAUGGCUGGAAAGUCUCGCGCACCCGCUAUUUCUGCUAUGUUUUGGUGGGAAUGUUCUGCUAUUAUUGGUUUCCGGGAGUAAUUUGGCAGGGACUGAGUGUAUUCGCUUUUGCCACGUGGAUCAAGCCGGAAGAUGUGGUCGUAAACCAAUUGUUCGGUGGCUUCACGGGGCUCUCGCUUCUCCCAAUCACUUUCGACUGGACCUACGUGACCAGCUAUCUCCAGGAUCCGUUACUCGCUCCAGCGCAUGCGCACUUCAACACACUGAUUGGCUUGGCUAUAUUCGUGGUCAUUACGACUAUAGGUGUGUCCUUUACGAAUACUUGGUACGGCGACUACCUCCCGAUCAACACGUCUUCAACGUUCGACAAUACCCAGGCUGUAUACAACGUCACGCGUAUCCUAGGCCCAAACUUCACGUUUGAUGUUGCUAAAUACAAGGAAUACUCGCCGUUAUUCCUCGCUCCGACACUGGCACUGAAUUAUGGCCUCAGUUUUGCGGCUCUUACCGCGGCCUUGGUUCAUGUUUUCAUCUACCACCGAAAGGAAAUAUGGUACAGAUUCAAAGCCGCUCAGAACCAGGAACCGGAUAUUCACAUGAAACUCAUAUCCAAGUACAGCCAUUGCCCAGACUGGUGGUACGGUGUUCUGCUUGUAGGCUCGACGGCAUUGGGACUUGCUACGGCAUUGGGAUAUGAAUCUCAGUUGCCAUGGUGGGGAUAUUUCGUGUCGCUGAUCAUUGCCAUGGUGUUCAUUGUGCCAACCAGUAUGAUUUAUGGGAUCACCAAUAUACAGCUGUCGCUCAAUGUUCUAGCACCGUUUCUCGGAGCCUACAUGAUUCCUGGAAAACCCGUCGGCAAUAUGAUCUUCAAAGUCUACAGUACCAUCAUCCUUGGACAAGCGCAACUGUUCUCCGCCGACCUUAAGCUGGCCCACUACAUGAAGGUACCACCGAAAAUCGCCUUCAUCGCGCAAUUAGUGGCGGCAGUCUGGGCCAGCAUCGUGCAAAUCGCCGUGAUGAAUUGGACGCUCGGAAACAUCCCCGAUGUCUGCACAAUCUUGCAGAAAGACCACUUCACGUGCCCUAACGGCCGAGCGUUCUUCUCCAGCAGUAUCGUAUGGGGAGUCAUCGGUCCACAGAGAAUGUUUGGGCCUGGCUCUACCUAUUCGGCGAUUCAUUAUUACUGGUUGAUCGGCGCGGCGCUGCCAGUCAUCUUCUAUUUCUUGAUGCGCGCGGCUCCCAAAUCCCCACUGCGAUAUCUGAAUGCGCCGGUUAUGCUGGGCGCCAUGGGUUGGCUUCCGCCAGCAUCGCCGUUGAGUUUUGCUUCAUGGGCUCUGUUCGGCUUGGUCUUCAACUUGUGGAUCAAGCGGCGUUGGCCGGGAUGGUGGCACAAGUACAAUUAUCUGACCGCAGCGGGGUUGGACUCCGGACUUGUCAUCUCGACGAUAGUUGUUUUCUUUGCUAUCACGUUCAAGCAGUAUCCAGUACCAGAUUGGUGGAUGAACGUGAAACCAUUUGAGACCAUGGACUAUCUGAACACCGCUAUUCGCAAGACGGUGGCCGAGGGCGACACGUUUGGACCAAAGACUUGGUGA